AUGGCUGCCGAAGGUGUUGAAAAACUUACAGAAGUCCCCGUCGAAUUCUUCAAAGACGGAUCAGCAUUUAUCAAGAAAUGUCAAAAGCCAGACCAAAAGGAAUAUUUCAAAAUUAUUAGAGCUGUUGGUAUUGGUUUCAUCAUGAUGGGUGUUGUUGGAUACGCUGUCAAAUUGGUCCAUAUUCCAAUUAGAUACUUGAUUGUAUAA